CGCGGCCGGAGGCACCUGGGCAGGUUAGGGCGGAGAGGAAGCGGCUGCCGGGCCCGCGUGGGACGCCCCCCCCCCCGCCGCCGCCGCCGCCAUGAUGCGCUUCAUGCUGCUCUUCAGCCGGCAAGGGAAGCUGCGCCUGCAGAAGUGGUACCUGGCCACCUCCGACAAGGACAAGAAGAAGGUGGUGCGGGAGCUCAUGCAGGUGGUGCUGGCCCGCAAGCCCAAGAUGUGCAGCUUCCUGGAAUGGAGGGACCUGAAGGUGGUCUACAAGAGGUAUGCCAGCCUGUACUUCUGCUGUGCCAUCGAGGGGCAGGACAAUGAGCUGAUCACCCUGGAACUCAUCCAUCGAUACGUGGAGCUGCUGGACAAAUAUUUUGGCAGUGUGUGUGAACUGGACAUCAUCUUCAACUUUGAGAAAGCCUACUUCAUCCUGGACGAGUUCCUGAUGGGGGGGGAGGUGCAGGACACCUCCAAGAAGAGCGUCCUGAAGGCCAUUGAGCAGGCAGACCUCUUGCAGGAGGAGGAUGAGUCUCCCCGGAGCGUCUUGGAGGAGAUGGGGCUGGCGUAGCUUGGCUCCAUUCAGAAUCUCGGGCCGUCCUCCCUCGCCGCCCCGCCUCUCCCCUCCCCCACUGCGGAUACCGACUCCCGGGACUCCGGCAGGUGGGCAGCUGGGCUCUGCAGCCACCCGGCUCCGGGGCAGGAGGACACGGGGCAGUCUCCGUCAUGGUCCCGGGUGCUGGCAGUGAACGGCUCUCCUGCGACCUCCUUCAUCACCCCCUCGUCCCUUCCUGCCCCUUUUCACGCCCGCAGCCUCCGCCUGCUGCCGCCGACUGGCCCCGGACAGAGCCCAUGGCGUCCCCCCCCCCCCCGGGGCCAUAUUGGGAGGCCCCAAGGAACAGCAGCUUCCCCGCACUUGAAGGCUGCCCUCAGGGGGGGGGGUGUUUGGGGGUGUCUCUUUGCCCUGCUGGCGCUUCUCUCCGGCGCAAGGAAUGGGGGGGGAGGGGCUUCCCGGGUUCCCUGGAAUAAAAGGUG